AUGAGCGUGUUCACAGAGACACACGCGGGGACCCCCACCUCCACACGGAGUGCGCGGGCUCGCAUACGCACACGCACGGAGUGCUCGCGGACGUCGCCAAGCCUCCGGCGCUGGGACGGAUGUGAGCGCGCGGCGAGGGCUCGCCUCUUCGACCCGCGGCCCCGGGCCCGGCUCGGCGCAGCUGGCGAGCGGGCCGGCCCUCCCCGGGCAGUGAGGCCAACAGCCUCGCCCAACGCCGCCGGGAGUCGUCGGCCGCCCGCCCGGCCGCCCGCCCGCAGGUCGCGUCCUCCUUCGGCUCACCUGCUUCCGUGCGCCGGUCACUCCCCCAGCGGACCCGUCUGCGCCUGGGUCCGGACGUCCCAGGGCCGGCCGCCACGCCUCCGGAGCUCGUCCCCGGCCAGCCGCUGCCCCUCUAUCCGCCCUCUCCGCACCUCAGUCCCAACCCACCCCCGCUCCGGCCGGCAGCGCAAGGUCCCGGCGCCGCGCCCGCCACCCCAGUGUCGCUGCCGCAUGGGUCCGGGCCGCCGCCCCUCCUCCCGGCACGGCCCCCGGCAAGCCAAGGACGGCCGGCCGGGCGCUCCUGCAACAGCCGCGGCCGAGUGUGAACAGCCAGAUCGCGUGGGCCCAGAGCAGCGUCGACGCCUCCCCUCCCCCGACCGGCUCCAGGGGACAGAAGAGGGGGGGCAGGGCCGGCCGCCCCGCGCCUCGUCCGGAAGAGGAUGCAGCAACCAGGUGUCAUCUUCAAAGCAGAGAGCAGCCAUCAUCAGCCACCGGAUCUCCUGGCACCUUGAUCUUGGACUUCCCAGCUUCCAGAACUGUGAAACAUUCUGUUAUUUAUAAAUUCCCCAGUCUUGGGUAUUUUAUUAUAUAGCAGCAUAAAUAGACUAUGUCAGUGGCCACUGUGGUGAUGGAAACAAGCGGGGCCGUGAGCUGGUCUCACCACCCAUGGGUUUGGACGCAGGAGGCCAGCGGGUCUUUCCUACUAAAUUCAAGAACAGGGUGUGUUUGUGACUCAGGAAGAGGCUCUGAGACAUUUAGGGUUCUGCAUCUGUGUUUUCCAGGAUGGUGGCUAUUUGCCACAUGUGACUAUUGAACGCUUGAAAUGUAGUCUUAACUUGAGAUCUGCUAUAAAUUUAA